CCCAGCCCCGCCCGGCCCGGCCCAGCGCAGCCCCGGGGGGUCGAGCGGCGCCGCGCAGCCGGCCGGCUCGGUCGCGACGGGAGGGGACGGGUCGGGACGGGACGGGACGGCACGGCACGGCAGCAGAGCGCCGGGGUGACGCGGCGAGGACGCGGCAGAGUCUGGUUUGCAAACCACUCUCCUGAAUUAAUAUGCGAGGCUUGCUGGAGCUGGGGGUACAGAGAGCCUGCCCAGAGGAGUGCUUGGAGGAACGUGACUUGAUCUCCCUCUUGUGGAAACUUAUUGGAACUAAAUUGUCGUGAUACUAAAGAAGAAAAGUCCAGCAUUGUCAGACAUGAUGGCAGCAGUUACUAUGACACCUGAUGCUCUUGUCAGCUCACAAGGAACUGAAGAGAUGGACUCUCUGAUCGUACUGCAUUAUAAUUACACAGGAAAGCUUAUUUUAAGGGAAAAGGCAACUGAUAACAUAGACCUGCCCACUAUUGCAUUUCUGAUCCUAUGUAGCUUCAUAGUCCUGGAAAACUUGAUGGUGUUGAUUGCCAUAUGGAAAAACAACAAAUUUCACAACCGCAUGUACUUUUUUAUUGGCAAUCUAGCUCUCUGUGAUCUUUUAGCCGGGAUUGUUUACAAAGUAAACAUUCUUAUGUCUGGAAAGAAAACUCUGAGCUUGUCCUCCACAAUCUGGUUUAUUAGGGAAGGCAGCGUGUUUGUUGCCCUGGGAGCCUCCACUUUCAGCUUGCUAGCAAUCGCUAUUGAGCGGCAUUUGACCAUGAUCAAAAUGAGGCCUUAUGAUGCGAAUAAAAAAUACAGAGUGUUCCUUCUCAUUGGUACAUGCUGGCUUAUUGCGAUUGCCCUGGGUGCCUUACCCAUCCUUGGUUGGAACUGUAUAAACAACUUACCAGAUUGCUCAACAAUUUUGCCUCUGUACUCCAAGAAGUAUGUUGUGUUCUGCAUUAGUAUCUUCAUAGCCACUUUGGUUGCCAUUGUCAUCCUUUAUGCCCGUAUCUACAUCCUGGUAAAGUCCAGCAGUCGCAAUGUCGCUAACCACAAUAACUCGGAGCGGGCCAUGGCACUCCUUAGGACUGUCGUGAUCGUUGUUAGUGUCUUCAUUGCCUCUUGGUCUCCGCUGUUCAUCCUGUUCCUCACUGAUGUGGCCUGCAGAGUCAAGGAGUGCUCUAUAUUGUACAAAGCCCACUGGUUUAUUUCUCUGGCAGUCAUCAAUUCUGCAAUGAACCCCAUCAUCUACACUCUGGCCAGUAAGGAAAUGCGUCGGGCUUUCUUCCGCCUUGUUUGUGGCUGCCUGGUGAAAUCCAAGGUGGCCAGGUCUUUGCCUAUUCAGCACACACCAGAUCAUAGUCGAAGUAAAUCCAGCAGCAGCAAUACCCAGAAGCCAAAGGAAGAUUUCCCACCGAUCAAUGUUCCCCCGUGUAUUGCUGAGAAAAAUGAAUCUUCAUUUCACAAUGGAAACUUCUGUAAAUAAAGGACUCCUCGAGUCAAGUACCUUUUUGUGGCUUUUAAAUUUAAACUACAAGUGUUGUUUAAGUAUUGAUGCACUUAAAUCGCAGAGGAAAACACUAACCACUUAUUUAACUUUGAGGACUUAUUUAUCAACAACCAUUUACUUCGAGUGUUCAUUCAGUAAGACACCUGAUUCAGAAAAAACCUUUCAUGUUACCCAACAGCCAGGUCAGAGUCCAUGCACAUUUAAUGACACUGUGCACCAUGAUGGCAUUGCAUGAUGAGCCUGCAUUCGGCACUGCCUGGUCUUGCAAGAUAUCAAUAAAACCUGUUAGAAACUUCAUCAUUCACUAAACACUGAUGAUGAUCGAAAAAUGAGCCCAAUUACUGCUGACUGGGAGAAAAGCUUAUUACAUAUGUUGGUGAUUAUAGUUCUCUAUAUGUAUCUUGCUGUUAUGUUAAUGGCCUUAUAUGUAUGUGGUAUAAAUAGUUGUAUAUUUGUACAAUUCCUUAUUAAAAAGUCAUUGUUUGAUAAAAGUUUACAAUAUGCUAAACAUUGUAUUGAAGUAUACAGUGUAAAGUGACAAAUUAUACAAAUAGAUGUGUUUCAAUGGGGAUAUUUGUAAAUAUAUGAAGUAGGAGAUUUUAACUGAACAAUAUGCUAAACAUUGUAUUGCAGUAUACAGUGUAAGGUGACAAAUUAUACAAAUAUACGUGUUUCGAUGGGGAUAUAUGAAAAUAUAUGAAGUAGUAGCUUUUAACUGACAGAAACUUUAACAUGUCAUAUCAAUGCAGUAUUUUUAUUUUUUCCUCUGUUAUUCAAACUUUUCAUGUUUAGUGAAAGACAUGACAGUUGUCACUGUGGCAUUUCACAAUUUUAAACAAGCAGUAGUAAAUAACCAUUGAGAGAGGCUAUAUAUGUUCACUAUUUAAAGUAGUUAAAAUGUGACCUAACAAUUACAUGCGUAUCAAGUGUAUGUACUGUUUCAAUGUAUAUAUUUUUACAUAUUAUUUCCAGUGUAUUUAAAAAGAUACGUCAAACCUAUGUAAACCUGUGUACAUUAUGAAUGCACUACCUAAUCUGAGAUUCUUCAGUUCUGAAACAGAGACAUAUCAUUUCAGAAAGCAAGGAACCACAACAGAUCUCUGUGGAGUUCCUUCUUUUCUUUCCAGGCGUUACCACAACCUGGGAUUGUGUUAAAAAUUCUCCCUGGGAAGAAGUUCAGCCAGUGGGACAAGAUCCCAUAUUCUGGCAGUGGGACCCUACGCUCCUACCGUCUCCAGGCACUUUUGCAGAUAUAAGAGAGAAGAUGCAGUACAACAGAUCAUGCUGAAGGGUGUAUCUCCAUUUAUAACUGACCCUGCCUUGGAGCUGGAAUGAAAGCCUGUUUAGUUUGGAAGACGUGGAGCCCCACACUUACUCUUUUGAGAGGCUGUUCCAGAGAAACCUGUAUGAAAACAACUUUAUAGUUUGUCACUGAGGCCCUACCAGCUUCAGUACAGGAUGGUGUUCAGCAUCAAAGGGGUUCCCUGAGACCUAGAGCAGUUAGGACUUCAUAAACAUCUCAUUUUAAGUCCCUGUGGAAGUGGCUGGUGGUACUUCCAUCAGUAGUACUUUAUGGCUGGAGGCUUCAGUAGAGGUUAACGGGAAAUUCUGAGACUAGUUCCCAUUGUCCUUCAGUAAAAACGUAAGCAUCUAACUUCAUUGGGCUCUUCCAAAGCUUUGUGUUUAAGUCUCAAACCACACCUUGCCUUAUGUACAAUUUGUAGCUGAGGUGUUUUUAACACACAGCCCGAAAGAGCUCAUCCUUAGCUUUUUACGUGGUCUUAGUCACGUAAAGCAGCAGCAUUAGAUUCUUCUUAAGUAUGUGCAGUGUGUAAGUUGUGUAACGCAUGUAGCAAAAACCUUUACAAUGUGGACGUUUGCUUUGUGAUUAUCUUUUACACGUUAACAGUCUGUCAAUGUUUUACGCUGUUAGAAUAGUGUAAGAACAAAGAAAAACUGUAUUUGAAUGAAAUAACUGUGAAAGAGAGUAGUAAAUGUAAAGUAAUUUCAGCCAAAAAUGUUGAAAAGCAGUGCACUUAGAGAAGAAAAAGCUAAACUAAGCUAAGCAUGAUAUAACUAUAUAAAAUGCAGAUACAGGCUGGGCCAGCAGCUCUGUAGCUUUGUGAGAUGUAGAACUGGUGACACUGAAUUGCCAUGGCUUGCUUGAGUUUUUAGAUCUUACAGUGCUAUUUGGCUGUAUUUUCAGUGUGAAUGUUGUACCCUGAAGUUGUGUCUUUGAAAACAGCUGGCUAAAAUAUUUGUAUACUUCUAAAUAUUAGCUCACAUGGUGGCAUAUGGCAUCAUUCCUUGCUAUUAGAGAGCAGAAAGGCCUUAGCAACACAACGGUUUGAGAAAAAAUUGUGGCUGAGCCCACACCAACUCUCAUGUCAAAGUUGUUAUGUGAUUUUCACUAUUUAGGUGAUUAAAAGUAAUAUUUUAAUAGCCAAAGACCAAGAAUAUGCACAUAAAAAGUGAGUUUUAACAUCUGGAUUCUAGCCUUAGCUAUUGUCAGAGUUGAUGCAAGGUACAAAUAAUGCAAGCAACUCCACUGCUGGAGGCCUCUGUGUGUCAGUACAAAAACCUUUCACUCUACUUUGAUUUCCUUCUCUUAUUUUGGAGCUGUGGGGAUAUUUUGUUAGUUCACUACCCUGCUGCACUUGAAGAGGCUUCUGAGAUUUGUGGGUUCACAUGUAACACUGAUGAUACAAUUUACAGAGUACUUAUGACUGAAGAGGAAAAAACUGUUGUGGAUACAGUCUUCAGUGGAUACAUUCCACUGGGAUGUAUUAGGUAAAGCACAGAUUCUGGAAGACUUCAGAGCAAAAUUUUGAAGUAGGACAAGUCAGGGUCUUAACAGCAGUGGACUGCAGACAACCAGGAAGAUGUCCUAUCACUGAAGCUGGAAAAAUAGGGAGAAUAUCUUCUUUGACUCUAAAAUAUUAGAAAAUUCCUUAAAAUGCAUCCCAUAAUCCAAGCUUUUCAUCAUCUAGGCUGAUUUGAGCAUACAAGAAACUGAAUCAGGUCUCCUUUUCUCAGCUGGUUUUACAUGGAGCGAAAGCUACAAAGGAGACCAACAUUUCAUUCAUACUAUUUAAUGAAUUGGAAUAUUUAUUUUGGUUCUGGAUUACAAAAGAAAUGCAAAUCAAACCACCUAAGGAGAAAAAAAAAGAUUUCACAAAAUGCUUUCCAAUAGUCUUUUAUUGCCAACAGUCUUAUAGAGUAUUUUCAACUCAUGAGGUACCGUAAACAUUUUGAAAACUUUUAAUUAAAUCUCAAACCUUUGAACCAAAGUUGUGUAGCAGUCAUUUUUCAGAGAAUUGUGAAAAAGGUUCUGGCCUUCUAUGGAAAACAUGCAUUUAAUCUGUGGGUGUCGUGCCUGAAAGCACGACCUGUGGGUACACUGUGCAGCUGAAAGCGGUAGGUUCUGCCUCCACCAUCCCUGGAGAUGGAGGAAGGCUUUGCCCCCGACGGGGUCCUCUGGCUCACGGGCUCAGAGGGCUGUGCUCUGGCUGCUCCCUUCAAAAGGCACACCUACGGGGAGCGACCGUCAUUACGGUGUCGCGCUGCCUACGAGGUUUGUCACUUCCAACUGCUCUAGUAAGGAAAUGGGAAACACUUCUGUGUGUGAAGUGCCAGGUGCCAAAACGCUGGGGUCCUGAGAGCAGCCAGUCCACCCCUGCUGAGUGAAGAUGUGCUGGCGUCCACCCCGGGUAGUGCCAUUUAACCCACCAACAUGACCAAGGGCACAGCUCAGCUCCUUGACUUUUCAGGGCAGCUGUGGAUCCCAUGGUUGGCCAAGGCCUGGGGACACCCCCUUCUCAUGGAAAAACCCAUGGAGGGCAAGCACAGCAGCAGUGAUCAGGGGGUUCUGCUUGGCCACCACUGAGCCAUGAGGCUUACCACAGUCCAAAGACCUCCUGGCAUCUGAAGUGGGCUGGUGCCCAUGCAGAGGCAUGCAGCCGUGUGCUGGUACCCAUGGUGAUGCCUUCAGAGCUGCACUUCUUGUCCCCAAGAGCAAUGUAACUUCCCAGGGCAUCCCUAGGAUCAGCUUUUCUCCAAGUGGGUAAGAGGGAAUGGCCUUCGCAAGGAAAUGCUUGGGUGGUGGAGGAAGAGGGUUUGAGGAGCUUCCUUCUGAUGUGGAGCCUUUCUCCUCUCCACAGUACACUAAAUAGCUGCUCUUGCAUGACCUUGUCUUUGCACUCAUUUUCCACGGAAAGACCAUGGGAUGGUCUACCCUUGGCUGCCCUCAACUAUUCAGUGUGCCAAGCAGGAAAGCUAUAUUUUUGGGAGACGGUGUCGGGAGACGGCAUCAUCUGGCCCAGAAAGAGGGCCUGUACGAGUGAUUACUUGCAUUGUGAAAAUGGUAUUUGUCAAAAAUAAACUUGUGAAAAUCAGUGUUGCCUCUGUCAGAGUAAGUUGAACUCCUCUGGUGUAAAGUCAGUGUAACUGAGGUCGAACUCCUUGUGUACCAUUUGGUCACUGACGUUUUUCAUCCCUGUUUCUACUGAGAUGAGUCGUUCACUGACUUACUAAUAUUCAAUAUUCAGGUAAAGUAUUUAUUCUGCUACAAAACAGUCAUCCCUUCAGCUAAAUAAUAAUUAAAAAAAAAGAACAAAUGAACAAAAAAAUCACAAAGAAACAAAAACAAAUUAGGCCAUUAGGGAAUUUGGGCAUAGGAGAACACACUCAAGCCUGCUUUACAUGAAUUUUGAUCUGAUAGUAGUGCUCAUUAUUUUAUUACUUUGGUUAAUCAUAUACAAACUCAAUAAUCAGAAAACAGUUGCAUGACAAUUAUAUUCCAAAUUCUGUUGCUCAAGAAGUUCCUCAGAGACAAAAUUUGCCUCUGUAACCAGAAUACCACAAUCAGCAGACAGGCAAAAACUUGAGAUUCACAAAAUAGGUUGGGAAUAUAAAUGAUCACAAUAUUUCCACAUACAUUAUUUUUCCUGCAAUCCUCAGUUUAAAAUGUUUCUAAAAGUAAUAAAUACUAAUAACAAGAGUACAGUCAAACUCUCUUUUACAGCAAAACAGACAUUUUUUUGUUUUGUUGCUGUUGCCAACAAAAUGCAAAGAAAAACAUUUACCUCAAAAGAAGGAACCUGGCUUUUUUCAAGGUUUAACUCUGCAGGACUUUACUGAGAAGCAGUUACCACACCAAUCCAGCCACAAAGGACACAAAUAUAUACCAAUUAUAAUCUUUACAUUUUUCAUCUAAUAAAAAAUUUCACUUAA